UGGGGCAGGGGGAGGCUGAUUCUCCGCCAGCGGUAGAGAAGAAAGGGGCGGAGGAGGAGGAGGAGGAUUUCGGCUACCGGCUCUUCCCGGACCGGAAUAAGAAGCCGCAGAGCUUCUUGGUCCGCAGCCUCUUCACCUUCCACAACAAGUGUCAGCUGAUGCUAAGGCUGACCCUGGAAACGAAUGAUUUUCAAAACUUUUGUCUAGAGAAAUUGAUUGCAGCAAUGUUUUUCUAGAUCCAUAUGCUCGACUUCUCCUUGAGGCUCUGAAGCAAUCUGGUUGCACUGUCUUCAAUGACCGGCAUUUUUCUUGUGAAAACUGUGAUGGCUGUGUCAGUGGAGGUUUUGAUGCUGCCACAUCUCAGAUUGUUCUGUGUCAGAACAACAUUCGCCAACAAUCCCAUAUGAACCGGGUGGUCGCACAUGAAUUGAUUCAUGCAUUUGAUCACUGCCGUGCACAUGUUGACUGGUUUAAAAAUGUCAAACACUUAGCAUGUUCAGAGAUUCGAGCUGCUAAUCUCAGUGGAGACUGUACUUUGAUGAAUGAAAUAGCCAGGUUUAAAUUUGGAUUGAAAGGGCACCAUCAGACUUGUGUACGAGACAGAGCAAUUCGUUCCAUUCUGGCUGUUAGAAAAGUUAGCAAGGAAACGGCAGAAAAAGCUGUGGAUGAAGUUUUUGAUGCCUGCUUCAAUGAUUUGGAACCUUUUGGAAGAAUCCCACACUGCAAGGCAGAUGCAAAACGUGCUUACAGAGACUUUCAGAACAGAGAUCGCUAUACUGCUAAUUUGUAAGGGUGUGCGGAAAGCCACAUGAGAAAUUACAUUAAUACCUGAUUGUUCAGUAACAUCUGGAGUUAUAGUCUAUGCCCACAGUGCUUGUGGAAAGGGCAAAUCUAUCAAACGUAUCAAUUAAUUUAUUAGACAUUUUUCAUGAGCCAACUUCCGUGGAAGUAAGUGGUGUAAAUGAACAAGACUAAAAAUGGUGCUUCCUCACCUGUUAUUCCAGAAAGAUAAUUUAGUAUGCCAAAUGACUUGUCAAAUACAAUUCAAUGUGCUUUUAAUUUUUUCACUCUGACUGGGACUUGGUUUCUGAAAAUUUUGUUGUCAAUGAAUAAAUAUUUCCAUAAAAUCUUCACUUUUUCCCUGUCUUCGAUACACAGUAAUGAACUUGAUGAUCUUCAUCAAUUUAUUUUAAAAGAUUGGCACCUGAACUACAGCUCUAUGCCCUAGAUUUAAUAACUAUGGCUAAACCCAAAAUUUAGUAACUGCCACAUUUGCUUUUGAGCACCUCCUGAAAUUCUUGGGUGGUUCUCAUUUCCAGUGGUGGGAAAGCUUUUGUGACUUGAAUCCUUUAUGCCCUAAACAUGCUGCUCAUGUCCUCAUUGUCUUUGGUAUUGGAGGACUGGGUAUGAUGAUCAGUGUUGCCUUCUCCAGUUCUGUGUUCCAAAAUGUUUUGUGACCACAGGACUGUCAAUGUAUGAAUCUUUUUCAGGCAAUGCAUAAUUUGACUGUGGGGGCAGCAGACUCUGGUGAGACUUGAGCUGCAGUGAGGCACUGAACUGCUCAGGAAGGGAAAUGUCAGCACAUGCACCAAUUUCAAGUGCCUGACAUGCUGAAAGGAGGAGGUAAUCUCAAGUACCUCCAGAAUUUGGCAGCCUUUGGCAGGGCCCUUGUUGGACUGUAGACUUGGGUUCCAGCAAUCCAUCUGUUUAUUUCACAUGCCUACACCGUUUUGGGUAUGACCAUCAUUCUGUAAUUUCCUCCUGGGAAGUAUUCAGUCAUGUGAUAAGUCUCCAGCCCACUGGUCCUGUUUCUAAAGUGUCACUCAGGAACAAGGUGCCUGAAGAUGACAACUGUGUGUUGCCUUUUCCUGAUCAGCAGCAAACACUUUGAGAAGAUUAAAACCUAAGUACAAUCCUCACAAAGGACAAAGCAGAACACACAAAAAGUGCCUGAGAGAGCUGAUCAAGCCUGAAUUGCCUGAGUUCUGUUUGUGUUGGACUAUGUGUGAGUUGCAUUUAUUUCCAGGUGUAGCAUAAUUCUUGCCUACAGGAACCAUUGCUUCGGGGGCCAAGCAUUGAUGUAGAUCCCUCAGAAAGUCAUCUCGGUUGUACUGGAGGAAAUUUGGUCUUGACUAAUCUUCUUUCAGAAAUUCUUUACAGAAUUUCAAAUGGAGAUUUCAUAAUCUUAUUUUCCUGGAGUAAUUCAUCAGUGACUGAUGAUCUCAUGGCUGAAUAUCUGAACAGAAAAUAAUGGGUAUAAUAACCUAUGGAGAAAAUUACACAUUGAAUUCUAGGCUUCCCAUUAUCCAUGUAGUCUCUAUAGAAAUUUGCAGUUUCCAAAAUCUUCUGAGGAUCUGAGAUGCCUUGAAAUCAGCACAAUAGUAUGUGUUAAUAUUCCCUUAACCUUUACUGUUCUUAAAGUCACUGUUUUAGUCAGUAUGAUGUAUGAUGCUGGGUUUUUUGUAGUUCUGACAUACAUUCUGGCAGAUAAUGCCUUCCCUUCAUUACACCUUAUUAACCAAAGUUCUGCUUUAAUGAAUGUAUGUGUGUUUGCAUUUAUAUUUUAUUUUGACCAAUACAUAGUUUGACCAUAUACAUUUGUCUUUUAUCUGGGAUAAGCUUUAUGAAGUCUACUUAGAAAUGAAAAAUAUAGCAAUAAAAACUAGAAAAU